AUGGCAGGCCAGGACGCAGCGAGCGCCGACGGCAAGGAGCGGGGGCAGCAGAGCCCGCUGGCGUCGCAGCGGGCGCGGGAGCAGGGCCAGGCGCAGACGGGGCGCAUCGCCAAGUGGUUCCCGCUGAGCGCGUCCGAGGGCUUCAGCCAGUGGUGGGCCGGUCUCUCGCCCGUCGCGACCGAGCACCGCGUCCUCUCCUUCAUCCCGCACCUCGAGCAGACGCCCACACACGGCGAGACGGGGUCCGCCGCCCCCUCGACGGCCGACCACACGACGACCAACGCGGCAAACGAUCCGUAUGGCCCGCGCCGCUGGAACUCGCAGAUGGUCGAGCUGAGCGGCAAGGGGCGCGCCCUCAACGAGUUCUCCGUCGAGCGCGUGGGCGAGGACGUCGAGAACAGCCUCGUCAUGCUGCACGGCUACGGCGCCGGCCUGGGCUUCUUCUACCGCAACUUCGAGUCCAUCUCGCGCGCCGAGGGCUGGAAGGUCUAUGCCCUCGAUCUGCUCGGCAUGGGCAGGAGCUCGCGUCCGCCCUUCAAGAUCCACGCAAAGGACAAGGAGGCCAGCAUCUCCGAGGCCGAGAGCUGGUUCGUCGAUGCCCUCGAGGAGUGGCGCAUCCAGCGCGGCCUGGAGCGCUUCACCCUGCUGGGCCACUCGCUCGGUGGCUACCUCGCAGUGGCGUAUGCGCUCAAGUACCCGGGCCAUCUCAACAAGCUGAUCCUGGCUUCGCCCGUGGGGAUACCAGAGGACCCGUAUGCUGUCAACGCAGACAUGCCCGAGCCGCAGGACUCGACCAUGGCCAACGAGUUCACCCAGGACGCUGCAGACACGCGAAACGGCGUUCAGCCCUCUACGGCGGACAACAACAACUUCAUGAAUCAACGCCAGAAGGGGGACGCCGCCAAAAAGGACGCCAAGCAGCCCCCGAAAAGACGGCUACCCGGCUGGCUGACGUAUCUCUGGGAAGCCAACAUGAUCUCACCAUUCACUUUUGUCCGCUGGAGUGGGCCCUUUGGACCUCGCCUCGUCUCAGGGUGGACCUCGCGGCGCUUCUCGCAGUUGCCUGAAGAGGAAGCACAGGCGCUGCACGACUACAGCUACUCGCUCUUCCGCCAAAGAGGGAGCUCAGAGUACGCCCUCGCCUAUCUCCUGGCUCCUGGUGCGUUUGCACGCAGCCCACUCAUCCGCAGAAUACAAGGUGUGGGGCGGCAAUGGAUCCAGGCACAUGAUGGGACUACGGUAGACGGCGACACGCCCCCUCACCCCUCUGCGUCAGCCAAGCGAGAAACCGGCUUUCCAAUCGUCUUCAUGUAUGGUGAAAACGACUGGAUGGACGUCGAGGGCGGCAAAGCAGCCGCGUGGAUCGUCAAGCAGGAGAAGAAACGUCUACUAGCCGACGCAUCACCAGAAGAGAGGGAGAGGGACCACGGCGAAGCAAAGGUUGUCAUCAUCAACAAAGCGGGGCAUCACGUCUACCUCGAUGGGUGGGAGCAGUUCAAUCGUUAG